AUGGCUUUUGCAUUCAAAUCACUUUCUUUCUCUUUCAUUUUGUUACUUUGCGUGCUUUUUCUCUUACAAAUCUCUUGGGGUAUCUAUGGUGCAGAAAAGACCAUCUCAUGUGACCCUUCUAUGAAAGUUAUGGGUAACAGGAAGUUGUUGGUGGUGAAUGGUUUGGAAGCAAAGCAAGAAGUUUUGAAGAUAGAUGGGAAGAAGAGUACUAGGAAAGAGGACCAAUAUUAUGUGGGUUGGGAACUAAGGGCAGCACCAUUGGGCCCAGACCCACUUCACCAUCAUGGUGCUGACCCAAAGAAGCCAAGAACUCCUUGA